AUGUUCUGUCUAAAAAAAGGGCCUUACCAGAUAAUAACAAGCAGCAGUCAUCUUGAUGAGUGUCCUGACCUCCCAGUUUUAUGUGGCUGUAAUGAGAAGAUACCACAAUGUUCACUAGUAUCACACAAUGAGACCUGCCCUAAAGCUAUCAUACCAUGUGAAUACAAUACUGUUGGAUGUGAAAAGAGAAUGAAGAGAGAAGAACAAGAGAAGCACAAUGAAGAAGCAAUUAAAAAACAUCUCGAGGUAGCAGUUAAAAGAAUUAAUAAUCUACAACUUAAUCUUGAUGUAGCAAUGAAGGAGAUUGAUGCUUUGCAGUUACUACUUCCAACCAAUCAAGUCAUUAUGCUAAACAAAUAUACAAAGAAGAAAGAGCAAGAUGACAAUUGGCACAGUCCAGGAUUCUACACAUCACGAGGAGGAUAUAAGAUGUCCCUGCAUGUCUAUCCUAAUGGUAAUGGUAUUGGUAAAGGUACGCACAUCUCUUGCUACAUACGUCUCAUGGCAGGAGAAUAUGAUGAUACAUUGGAGUGGCCAUUUCAAGGAGAAGUUACUAUAGUACUACUGAAUCAACUGGAGGAUAAGAAUCAUAAGAAAUAUACUACAUCAUUUGAUUCGACAUAUAAAAGCAGUCAAAGAGUGAGGGAAGGUAGAAGCACAAGUGGAUUUGGUCGCAUCAAGUUCAUAUCACAUGAAGAGUUAGAGUAUAAUCCAGUUACUAAUUGUCAGUAUCUUAAAGAUGAUAGUCUGUACUUCAGAGUCAGUGGAAAGGCUACAUCGAAGACAAAGCCAUGGCUAGUUGGAGCAUCUGGGGUUAUACAGUCAAAAUGUUAA